AUGAUAUCUAUUGUGUCUCCAGCCAAGGGGAAGAAGGGAAAGGCCCAAGAGGAGCCUGUGACGUCCCAGCCAGAGGAGGAAGAGGCAGGGCCUUCACAGGAAGCUGGGGCAGAGGGGACAGCGACUCAGAUCAUGACAACAGCAGCAAUGAGGAUCACGAGAGCCGCGGCACAGGAAGUUUCUGCGUUCGCCUUUCAAGGGGGUGGCGACGAGUUCGCGAGGAUGCCAUUCAGAUGGAGCAAAGCCAUCCUGCUGCUGGUACUGUGCCUCUCUCAGGCCCAAAUGGGCCACAGUGGACCAGCCAUCUGGAUAGACCACUUUGAGGCUGUAGACAUCACUGAGAGAAUUCUGACCGCUAAUAACGGCUCUGAUGAGAUGCUGAUGGAGGGAGACCUGGUGGUACCAAGAACCAGAAACGCCAUGCAGUGCAUGCAUGGAGGAAACAGCUGCCUGUGGCACAAAGUCUCUAACGGAUAUGUUGAAGUGCCCUACAUAAUAGAAGACAGUAGAUUCACUCCCUCCGACAGACAGAAGAUUAAGGACGCCGUCCAGUCGUUCCACAGCAAGUCCUGCAUUCGCUUUGUGCCACGUGGAAACCAGAAUGACUACAUCAGCUAUGAGAGUUUGAACGGCUGCUACUCCUCUCUCGGGAGAAUUGGAGGCAAACAGACGGUCUCUGUUAACAGCGUCGGCUGCAUCUUUCUCGGCAUCAUUCAGCACGAGACCCUCCACGCUCUGGGCUUCCAGCACGAGCAAACCAGGAGCGACCGGGACCAGUACGUCAGGAUCAACUGGAGUAAUAUCGAUUCUAGCAUGGCCUAUAACUUUGAUAAACAAAACACCAACAACCUGAACACUCCCUAUGACUACAGCUCUGUCAUGCACUAUGGAAAAACAGCCUUCUCCAUCAAUGGAAAGGACUCCAUCACCCCCAUCCCCGACCCCAACGUGUCCAUCGGCCAGAGACAGGGGCUGUCCACCACUGACAUCCUGAGGAUCAACCGACUCUACGGCUGCUAAGAGGAAGACAUCAAGUCAUAGGAGGAGAGUCUGGUGAAGAUGUCUACAAUACAUCUGACACAUUAUCCAGUGUCCUGUACAUUCAAAUCAUCAGCACAGUAUUUAGAGUCUUAUUCACAAUAACUCACAGG